AUGUACAAACUUCUCAGUGAGCAACACGAGGAAGAGGCUAAGAGUCUUCGAGUUGAGUUGGAUGUGCCGAUGAAAGAACAUGUCGAACAGGAAAAAGUCUUUGAGGUUAGUAACGACUCGGUGACUAACAGUCAGAACCCGCAGGUCCAACGGAAGAUCGAUCAGAUCGACCAACUUCGGGCUGAGAUGGACGUUAUCAAGGUCAAGGCCGAGGAGUGUAAAGGCAAAAUGGACCAUUUGGUCUCGGAAAAGGAAUCUUCUCGGAUGCAAUUAGCCUCUGCGGAGGCUCAACUUAGAAUGACGAGGGAGAAGGCUGAGGCACAGUCCCGGAAAGCCAAAGAACUCCAACCUCAACUGGGCUCAGGUGUUGCCGAUCGGGAAGCCCUUGCCAAGGAGCUCAAAGCGGCCAAGGCGGUGGCUGAAAUGACCAAGGACCGCUUCAAAGACAUUGUCAAGUAUGAGAAGCGGCAGUCCCGAAGGGAGGACCUUGAGGAGGUUCAUGCUGAGGGUUUUGAUUUGUCGAUCGAGAUCCAGAUCGCUAAGAGGCGAGAGGCCGAGGACAAGAAAUUGGCUUACCUCGAGGAUGAAGAAGAGGAAGAUUCCGAGGGUUCCGGCGGGUCGGGAGGUGGAGAGGACCCCGAUGGUCCCGGUAAUGAGGCGGCCCCCGGUGAAGACCAGGCCGUUUAA